CAAGAGUCUCCGCUACUAGCGCGGAUUACAGCCAGUCUAAAAGUGAUAACUUGAAGACGAGAGGCGUCUCCCACGCAAUAAAAUAAACUGCUGUGGAAAGUAACUUGAUAACUGGGAUGAAUUUUGUUAGAUUGCCCAAAUUAUAUGUAAUAGCGCGUACUGUCAAGCUGGUUCGCGGAGAGACGCGGUGAAAGCGGAGGAGGCGUUGCGUUAAAGUGACGUUAAGGUGGCACUUUCUGGUUACAAUGCAUUUUUUAACAUUCCUGCCAGUUCUCUAAGAGUCGGCAGCCAGGUGAUCGCUCUCAGGAUCAGCGGAGGAAUGCGCGUUUGUUGCACAUGAGCAUGGAGUAAGAUGGAAGCUACACGCGCAAACUUUACAGAUGCGCGAUGUGACCAGCGCUGCCGAGUGAAGCAAGCUCCAGAGUGAAGAGAAACUGAUGGACUGAAUGGACGGCGGCAUGUUUUCUGGUCAGGCUGGUCUGAAUUACAGCUUCAACCUGAGCGAUGACCGAGAGUUGCUGGACGCGCCGGCGGGCUCGGCGAAGCUCUCCCCGGCGGGCUUUGUGGUGCUGUCCGUGGUGCUGGGCUUCAUCAUGACUUUCGGCUUCCUGAACAACUUCAUUGUGUUACUGCUGUUUUGCAAAUUCAAGAAGCUGCGGACACCGGUGAACAUGCUGCUGCUGAACAUCAGCGUGAGCGACAUGCUGGUGUGUUUGUUCGGCACCACUCUCAGCUUCGCCUCCAGCAUCCGCGGAAAGUGGCUGCUGGGGCGCAGCGGCUGCAGCUGGUACGGCUUCAUCAACUCUUGCUUUGGUAUAGUUUCGCUGAUCUCUCUGGUGAUCCUCUCCUACGACCGCUACAGCACCCUUACUGUUUACAACAAGCGUGGGCCAGACUACCGUAAGCCCCUAAUAGCCGUUGGGGGGUCUUGGCUGUACUCCUUGUUCUGGACAGUGCCCCCCCUACUGGGCUGGAGCAGCUAUGGCAUAGAGGGGGCAGGAACAAGCUGUUCUGUGUCCUGGUCUGCUAACAGUGCCCAAUCGCACGCCUACAUCAUCUGCCUCUUCAUUUUCUGCUUGGGUCUGCCUGUCAUAGUGAUGAUCUACUGCUACAGCAGAUUGCUUUGGGCAGUCAAACAGGUGGGCAAGAUCCGAAAGACUGCAGCCCGGAGGAGAGAGUACCACAUUCUGUUCAUGGUCCUGACCACUGCAGCCUGCUACCUGCUGUGCUGGAUGCCUUAUGGUGUCGUGGCAAUGAUGGCAACAUUUGGCCCACCCAACAUCAUUAGCCCUGUGGCCAGCGUGGUUCCCUCACUGCUCGCCAAGAGCAGCACCGUCAUCAACCCCCUCAUCUAUAUACUUAUGAACAAACAGUUUUACAGGUGUUUCCUGAUUCUGUUUCACUGCGAUCGCUGGUCAUCGGAGAAAGGCGACACCUCGAUGCCGUCCAAGACUACGGUAAUCCACCUUAACCGCCGUGUCUACAGCAACACGGUGGCCUGCACCGCCCAGAUCUCCACCGAAGCUCUCAACCAGUGCUACAGCACCGCAGACACCAAGCACACAAACCCUCCAGAGGUCACCCCCUGAACAUGAGCAUUAAUCAGACAGGAAUCACCGCGAUCACAAUGAAGCACGAAUAACCCAGAAUGUGAACUCCAGUGGACUGUGGACAAGAGCUUUCAGAAAGUAGAUGUGCUUUUUCGUGUUAUUUGUAAACUUGUAUUUGUAGACCAUAAAUGUGCCCUUUUAAAACUUUUUUUUUUAAACUAUACAUAACACAAAAGUGCUAAACGACCACAGAAAUGCAUGUAAAGUAUGCAAACGCACACAUAUAUGUACACCCAUGUGCGAUGCAACCAGACAUGUUGGUAUCAGUCAGUUUUAUCAUCCACCACGCACCUUCUCCUGUUCAGUACAUGCAAAAAAAAGGUAAGAACUUCAUUCAAACUUAUUUCUAAGUUUUUGCGUCUAUUAAAAAUAUGUAUUUUUUAAUAAAGGGCACCGUCACUGUGGUGGGUUCAAGGUUUAAGUCUGUUUCUGAACUGAUGUGUAUGCAUUACAUUAAUUUCAGUAUAUAUUAUAUAUACUGAAAUGUGUAAUAUAUUUCAGUAUAUUACAUAUUCUUAGUUUUCAUCCUACAGUUUAAAAAGGCCAAAUUUCUUUUUUGAACUACAGGAUCUUUUUUUAAUUUACAUUUUAAACAAAGAGUAAAAAAACCCCAAUAAAACAGCGCCUGUUCCUUGCUGCUUUUCAGUCGCUGUGUCACUGUAAAUGGGGAGGUUACUGCGCAGACUUGUGAUUUGAUCAGCAAGGAGACUGACGUAAUCAUCAUUUAACUCUGCUUUUCCUCUUUUCCUCCUGCUGCUUUGGCUUUAAAUGUUGAAGAAUAUGAAAGGUUAAGGCCCCAGAACCUUAUCCUUAUUACUUUUAUCAUGUGUGUACUUCAGUUUUGUUCUGCAUGAAGGCGUUUAUUUGAAUUGUGUUCAUUUUUGUGUUUGUGCUGUGCUUUCUUUGGUUAUGAUUUAGUUGGUCUUACAAAGUUGUUUCUUUGCAGGUAUGAUUUCACCUUCUUUCCAGAAUAAAAGGGCCAGUGUUUCAAAAUGAUUAUCCAGUAUGGCCAGCCACAGAAAAAGGAUUCCAGUCUGAUGACUGAUGGAAAUUAAGGGCAUAUCUGGGAAACACAAUGCACAAAUUUAGGGAAACUGAUUACAUUUAGCUGGCCUUACUUAAAUGACAACUGCAAGACAUAAAGCAGAUAUCAGUAUUUUACUGCUUUUGUAGAUCUAGAACUAUAACGGACCAGGACCUGCUCAAGAUUAAGGAAGUUAUAAGUGAGGUCAGAGUGCUCAGACCUCAACCCACUGACAUAGAGUUGCAGGAAAUAUUGAUGAGUCAUUUUCUUGGAUAAAUGAUCUCCUCGCUUUUGUGCAGUGCCAUUCAGGACCUUCAGAAAAUGUGUGAUUGAGGUUGGUGCUUCUUCAAGAGGCUGCAAGCAAAAAAAUAAGCCACAACAAAAGCUUUGCUUACUUUUUCCAGUCUGCGAUGCAGCUGACUGCUCAGUGUAUUCAAUAAAAGCAAGAAAAGCACUGUGUUAUUAGUUAAGUCAAAUUGUGUUUGUAAUUGUGACUCGGAUGAAAUUCAUUUUAAGAGUAGUCUGUUCAGAAAUGCUGGGUAUUACAAAUAACAUUAUCGUCACCAGUUUAAUUGUAUUUUAUUGCUGGAUUCAACUGAUUUAAUAAAAAUGUCUGCUGCUGAAAAAGGAACGUUGUAUCAUGCAUCGUAAAUUAGGCUGGAGGAUGGUGUGACAUUGUGAAUAUUAUAAAAAGCAAAAGGAACUUUUUCUUAAUAGCCCUGUGCUCGUGUAUUUCCUAAAUGAAAGAGAUGCAAAUGAGGACAAAACAGAAAGUAAGAAGUUUUUCUUAAUCACAUUUGACAAAAAGAAAAUGUCUAAAACCAAAAAGGACUCAAAUCAUGGAAACACAUCCUGUAACAGCAACAGAUGGGUGACGGCUUUUUAUUUCCCCCUGAAGGUCAAAAUCUCAGCUGAGUGGAAAACAGUCUAAUUUAAAGUAACAUGACAAGUAUAAACAACAGAGUCCUCCAAGGAACAUUGUGACAUUUUAAAUACAGGCAGUCAUGCCUAACACUUCAGCAGGGUUUUGUUUCUCCAGUGUAAAGCUCUUUUGCCUUCCAUUUAAGCUGUGUAAUCAGCGACUGAUUCACAGAUUAUCACCAAGUGCAGUCACAAUGAAAACCAGCUGUAACGUGGGUCGCCCGAUGCACGGCAAACCAAAGUCCAGAUUCCUGGGUUGUGAUGCAGCAGAGCUGCUAGAUUAAGCUAAAAGAAAAGUGUAAUUAGAUUAAAGAGUGAUCAGUUUCUCCUCUGCGCUCAUGUGCAACCCUCUGCAGUCAGCUGAAUUUAAUUUGACUUAUUUUUUUUAUUAUGCUGUUUAUUCUGUUUAGAUAUUUUAUAGCUGGUGCUUCAUUUAAAACACGGAUUUAUGUUCUGAUAGGCACAUUAUUAACUGUUAAGGCAUGACAUACUAAAUAUCCACACUAAAUAGGAGGCAACACUGGUCAGACUAAAAGAGGAAACUGACUAUGGUUAGCUGCAGGGUAACAUUUAACAUUUAAUUUAAUGUGUAAUGAA